GAAAUUUCUUACAGACAUGAAGUGUCUCCUUCCCAGAUAUCUUUCUCCUAUCGUCACUUGCAAUACUGGAAUGUUGAUAUCAGACAAUUGACGGCUCCAUCGCAAGGUCAUGGACGAUAGGUCGUCGAUAAAUUAACCUGUGUAUAUCUGUGUCUUCUUUCAUUUAUAUUCUAUACAAGACGGUCUGUACACAAGGAGAAUUUUGCAUUGGCCUCGUCCCGAGAUACACCUUGUCGAAAUAUUGCGAACUAAAUCUUUAAGUAUAUUCAUCAUGUCAACACCACAAUUUCCUGUGAAAGAAGUACAAUUAUUACCUGAUCACCAUGAAUUUGUUGUGCCAAAGAAAGGUAUCAAAGUACCAACAGACAUAACAGUUUGGGAAAAGUCAGAAGCAUACUUUGAAUACUUAGGAUUUAUCUUAGCAUUGAAUGAAGCUGUCCAAGGUAAAGCUUUGGAGGCGGAAUGUUCCGAGUCUCCACUGGUAAACGCUGUUAUACAGAUGUUAAACAAAUUUGACGAGUGGGUAACAGAAAUCCCACCUACUGAACAGCCACAAAGAUUCGGUAAUAAGUCAUUUCGCACGUGGCAUAAAAGACUGCAGCAGGACGGAGCCGAAGAGCUGAAACAAGUGUUGCCGGAAAAUUUGCAUCGCGCAGUCCCAGAGGUAGUUCAAUAUUUGUACGAGAGUUUUGGCAAUCCAACUCGCAUAGACUAUGGCACCGGUCAUGAAAUGGCUUUCCUCAUGUUUCUCUGCUGCGUAUUCAAGAUAGGUGCGUUCAAGCAGGAGGACAAAGUUGCUGUUGUUAUAAAAGUCUUUAACAGAUAUCUUGAAUUGGCACGUAGACUUCAGUUGACGUACCGCAUGGAACCAGCAGGUAGUCACGGUGUUUGGAGUUUGGACGACUACCAAUUUGUACCUUUCAUAUGGGGAAGCGCUCAGCUCAUUGGACAUCCUCGGAUAGAACCACGUCACUUCACAGAUCAAGGAAUCGUACAGUCUUACAGCAAGAAAUACAUGUUCCUCGGCUGCAUCGAAUUUAUUUCAAAGGUGAAAACAGGGCCAUUUGCCGAACAUUCAAAUCAGUUGUGGAACGUUAGCGCGGUAUCCUCAUGGUCGAAAGUGAACAGUGGCCUCAUCAAAAUGUACAAAGCAGAGGUGUUAUCGAAAUUUCCCGUUAUCCAACACGUCUUCUUCGGUUCCUUGCUGCCGUUAACGCCAAUGAAUCCCCCUCCGAAUUACAGAGAAGCUCGUCUCAACGAACCACUGUUAGGCAAGCCAGAAUAACGAGAUUGAAUACCGAAGAGAUAAAUAGUAAUUACGUUUGUUACUGUGGGUCGCACGCGCGCGCGCGCGUUACCACGCUUCCCAGUAUUUAUAAUAAAACACUGUACAUUCUUA